GACAGUGGUCGGUUUGGGUUCUCGUUGCGUUGAAUCCUUCUGCUGGAACGUUAUCUCAAUCAUGAAGUCAAAGAACAGGUGCCGGCGUAACCGAAGAGUUUAGUUGCAAGUGCACCGUCCACGUGUGAGGUGUAUCGUGUAUGUGCUUCUCGUCAACAACUGAAACGUUUAGUAAUUAUAGGUGUGAGAAAACGACCUACUUUGAAAGGUUAUACUGUCAUUGUAUUCUUUUAAUUCUAUAAAAGUGAAUUUUUGUUGGAAAUAUUUCGUUGUGAAGACCGGACAAAGCUAGAUUUUCGGUGAAAAUUGAAUGUGGAAACUUGUUUGUGACCAAUCUGGUCUACCCUAACAUAGACGAUGGAAGAAAGUUUACUUACUAGCUCGAACUACUCGAGCUUCAUCAAGCGUGAAGAAACGGAUAGGACUCCUUUCCUGUCUACACCCUGCUCAUCAAUGGAGUGGAAUGACGACAUGAACAUGGAAAACGACAGCAUCGGUUCGCUGUUCCCUUCCAAUAUCCUGGGGGAUGAACAGGAUCUCUUCUCUUUGCUUGACACCAAAAGCGACUUGAAUUUUGACCUUGCCUCCUCACCUAUUCAUACUCCUACCUUUUUCCCUGAACUUCUCAAUGACCAGAAAGGCGUUGAAAACUACAUCAACGACAAGUCGGACUUCAUUUCCGAAUUUCCAAAUUUCAUGGAUCAAAAUAACGCUUGCGCCAACGACACGUCUCUUGAUUACGGCGAGAUCAUGUCUACGGAGGACCUUUACGGCGAUGCCAUCAAAAACUCUGACGAAUUCGACGAAGUUUUGAGCGCGUGCAGAGCGAAGGAGCUAUCGGCCGAGAUGGCUGCUGUCGCACCUUCCUCAAUUGGCCUGCCUGCUCUUCGAGGGGAUCCUAAACCUGAUCUGUCGCCCGCCUCAUCAAACGAGUCCUGGGACUCGGGGGUGUCGGCCGGGGAAUCUUCUCCUCCUGAAUGUGCCUUGGAACACCGCCUCUCACUAGACCGUGAGCGAGGCUGGUCAGCAUCACCUCCAUCAUCGAGUCCUUCAUCGCAGUACAGCAGAAGCAGCAGCGCCACCCUGUCCCCAGCUCCAUCAUCACACAUCACACCACCUCACCUCUCCCCCUCCACCAGCCCCACUCACAGCCACCCCAACAUCACCCGCAAUGCAACUCCUUCCUUGAUCAAAAAUAACAUAAUUCAGUCGACGUCAUCCUCGGCGUCCCCUCAGUUCGUCACUCAGAAGCGACCCAGGUACACAUUCACAACCACAAACAGCAACAAUGCCACAAUCGUCGACAAUAUCAACACCAUCAGUGGCAAGCCUAUCACUAUUCUCACCACCACACCAAAUGCUAUCAAGAACAACAAUAUAAAUCCUGUUAUCAACAGGGUCACUCCAACGAUCAUCAACAGGUCGCAAUUCGUGACCAAAAUCAACGAUAACUCCGUCAAGAAUAACGCUAACGCAAAACUAUCUCCUAAAAGUUCGCCUUCUCCUUCCGUCGUAACGCUGAGCGGUGUCAACAAAACCUCAGGUAUCAUCAAAUCACCUGCAGUUAUCAGCGUCAGUCGAAAACAUACUCUUGGAAAGGUGAUUAGCAGCAGCAACAAUAGCGGCACAAACUGCACCGUUAUUGGCACUGCCCUCAACCAGGCUCCUAAACAGGUUGCAGUCAUUUCACCAUCCGGAGAAAUAAUCGGUAACACGAGCAUCGCGAAUGGGGCGCAGGUUUUCAAAACGGUCACCGUUUCCAGCGGUAACGGUCGCUUCAACACCGGCAAUGCCGCGCGUUUCACAACUGCUAACGGCCAGCAGAUCAUCUUUGCUCAGAGGGGCGUCGUAUCUGGUCUACCUGCCGGCAAAAUCGUCAAAAGCGGACAAAACAUCCUUGUUCCAUUCGAUCCUAAAACCAUGGAAAAGUUGCGCACUAUCAAGAUUGUGUCCAAUAGAAAUGGAAACAUCACUAGCGCCUCGGGAGUGCGUGCUCUGUCAACGUCUUCAACAACGGGGGCUACAAUUUUGCGCACCAAUACAACUUCUGUUGCAAAUUCCGUUACUGGCGCUAGCAACUCUUUCGUCACUUCAAACAGGCCUCGCACCAUCGGCAUCGCCGGCUUAACGGGCAUGUCACGCCCCGGAGGUUGCGUGUCUAUACUGAAGAACAUGUGCCUGUCAUCCGACAAGUCUGAGGGUUUCGCCAGCCUCGUGGCCACUCCCAAGGAGGAGAGUCUCGACUCGGACGACGACAUGGAGCUGCCCAAGAACAACCAGCCGCUCGUUCUCACUGAGGAGGAGCAGAAGCUGGUGGCUAAGGAGAACGUGAAGCUACCCUCGCACUACCCGCUUACGAAGCGCCAGGAGCGCGACCUGAAGCGCAUCAAGCGCAAGAUCAGGAAUAAGAUCUCAGCCCAGGACUCGAGGAAGCGCAAGAAAGAAUACAUGGAUAAACUUGAAGAAAAGAUCAACUUAAGUUACCGAGAAAACGAGAGAUUGAAGCUCCAAGUUGCGACUCUGGAAGAGAGCAACAAAAAACUUUCAGAACAGCUUCAGAAAUUCCAGGAAUUAAUGAACUCGCAAGCUGCACCGACAGUGACACCCAACAUAAGUGCUUCACACCAUAACCAUCAUCACCACAACACCCGGCAGCAACAUCCCUCUGCAUUCCUCUUAAUGAUGAUAUUGUCAGCAGCGCUAUUCAUUUACCCGUCCGUGCUACCGCAGGGCAAGGGGGGCGGCGAGCUGCUCGCUACCGUCGCGCACAAGAUGCCCGCUGCAGGAAACAGCCGCAGUUUGCUAGAAGCUGCCACGGCAAAGCUGUCAGUUUGCCAGGAAGGCGACAAUUUUGGAGAAGAGCUCAAACUGGAGAGCUCAAGCGUGACCAAACUCGACGUGCUCAACGACCACGACUACGCACCGCCUAUGAAACGCGGCCGCUUUGACCUCAGCGUCCGCGGCGACGAUUUCUGCAUGAAAGAUUUUGACGAUCACUUGCCUCCUCCCAGGAAAAAAGAAAAACUCAGUACGGAUGAACUGCGUUCAACUCUGAACGCGAGCCCGACGAGUGUUGACAUCAAAGAAGAGUCGUUAUCGCCGCCUCCAUUGCCUGAGGAACCAACAUCCGAAGGAAUCUUGGGGCUCGAGUUGGCGGACAAGAAAGAGGCUCUCGGAGGAGACUCCGAUUACUUCAAGAAGCUCCGAGACACCAUCACCUCCGCUCUGAUCAGCGGAUUCACCAAGCACCACAACCGCACCGUUCCUCCCAACAACCGAGGUUUGGCUGCUGGGCUUGCUUCCCAACUAAUCGUUGAACUGGAAGGCAAACGGUUCCGUGAUGACUUGGAGUUAGAGUGAGACUGUGAAUUUGUUUUCAAUGGAAAAGAUUGGUGUUCAGUGCGUUUGAUGCGUCCCUACUUGUAGCAUUUUAAUCAUGAUUUCUGCAACGGCAACAGAUUAAAUUUCUCAUCAAGCUUGGACGUACCCACGAAUCUUAAUCGCUGACUUGCAGCAAUGCAGACAAUCGCAUCGUCAUAUUCAUUGAGCCCCUAUUUCUCAAGGGAACAACCAACAAUUUUAUCUCCAUCAUGCAGUCACACUUUGAGGAUAUUUGCUGAUGGCAAAGCAUGAUUCAGCUACCAUUAGCUAAAUCGUCCAUCAAAAUGUGAAAGGUUUCCUAGCCCAAUCAAUGUUGAAAUCCCAUAUGUUUGGACAAGCGAUGAGGACUUUUAGGUCCUGAUUUGUCCGAAGUUGGUCGCAGAUAUUGCGCUUAUUACUUACAGCUUUUCGCGAGCGUACAAUUUGAUGAGCCUGAUCGUCUCCAUCUCGCCUGCUGUGUUGGGCUUGUGCGAGUUUGCUGACCCUGCCGUACAACGAAAGUUCAAGCGUUUCCUCACCUUAUCCAUCUGUUGGAGUUACUCGAAUUUCUGGCGUUUAGAAAAUUUACGAAGGUUUGCGAUGUUUCUGUUAAACGCAGAAUCGUGUGUGCUUUUUUCUUUUCUAUUUUAGAUUUAAGAUUGUCGUUAUGUGUGUUGCAAGAAAAACAAAUAAGUUUAAUUCUUACGCAAUUAUGUGCAAUUAAACUUAAGCUGCAUCUCAAGAGUUGAAAGGUACCUCCAGAUCAGUACAUAUUAUACAUCUUCAUGUAGAAAUUAUUAUAAGCAUUUGUGUUUUUGUAUUCGCGUGUAUUCUUUAAUUAUGUAAAAAAUUUUGAAUUGAUAUCAAUCUGAGCCAUCUGCUGGUAACUGCCCUGAGAAGCUGUGGUUCUCUGUGCAACACAUGUUUCGAUCAGGUUUGACUUAGAAAUAUCGCUUGUCAAUGAGCACGCUUUGUUUAAACUUUCCAUGCUUUGUACAUAGAAAUGGUAUAGCAUUUUUAAACUUAUUGUCACCGCUGUGGUCUCACUUAGGCAAAGUCAGGAGCACUAAAUUCUCGUUGCAGUCGAAGAUUUCACCCGGAAAAUCUUGUUCCUUCAGUGGAUUUACUUGUGUGUGAGUCUUUAAUCGCAACAACUAUCAUUCAAUACGCAUUCUAUAGGGCUGAUUAGGCGUGGAUCUUUAUUCUUAUGAAUAGUUUUUUAAUUAUUACUUGAAGAGUUUACAUUUUUUUAAUAAGUAGACAAAUAAGUUUAAGGCUUUUGCUUUGUUGAGGGACAGAGAUUUUACUGCUACGUUGCUACAUUGUCUAGGGAUGCAAGGUUUUAGCUACUAAGGUUAAACUUCAAUGCAUCGAAAUGUUCUCUACAGUCAUGUUACUAUACAAUGUUACUUCUAUCAGCUUGAUGUUGCGUGCAAUGAUACUUUAUCAGCUUGAAAAAAUGUGUAUAGUUUUCUCAUCUUCUUUUUAUCGUGUUAAGUUUCAUUUUUUGACCUAGUAACGCUUGAUUACAUUCGUUGGCUUAUUUUUUAAGCUUAAGAAGUACAAAAUUAAAUAUGAUGAAUUAAUAUUUAUUCUGCGACUGAUGAGUGCAUUUCGCCAUGCCUUACUAAUCGGAGAUCUACAUUGGUUCCCUGAUUUUCAUUGACAAUUGUUGUACAUUUUUCCAUAAUUUGUGUUGAUAAUAAUAAUCAAAGAAGUGAGCACUUUUUCGUUGAUUUUUAUAGCAUAUUCGAAUAAUUCUAUCAUUCUAAGUGGACCGGUGAGUGGCUUGUGACGAGCCCCAUGAAACGCUUGAAUUUUUGUGGUUGGUGUAGAGGCCCCAGCGUGUCUCGAUGAUGUAAUAUUGAUGUACACCUGGUGAUGA